AUGUCACUGGCCCUCGAUGUACCAAAUUUUGGGCAAUUAUAUGAUCCAAAAGAUCCAGAAAGCGGAUAUAUACCUAAAGAUAUUGGAAAAAUUAAAGGGUUAAGAGAUAAAAAUGCACUAUUCGACAUUCACUCCAAAUGGGGAGAAAAUGAAAUGUAUUGUAUCGAUAUUCAAACACCACCACCUUUCACUACUCUUGUACCUUAUUAUAACGUAUAUAUUCGUUGGUCGAAAUCAACGGAAUGUAAUCCCAACGUACCAUUAACAAAUUUUCAAAUAACAUUACACAACGAUCCGAAAACGGCAGGGACAAAAGUAUCACCAAAAGUUAAAUCGUUAUGGUCAAAACAAAUAGCUGUGAACGUUCCAAAAAUGGAAUUUUUAUGGCAAGUACCAUUAAUUGCGGAAGAUAAUAUCAAGAAUAUGUCGUUAUUUUAUAUAAAGGUAGAAACAGAAGGAAUUAUUAAUAGUGGAGUUUAUACAGUUUUUGGAGUCACGGGGCCAUUUACGAUUUGGAAAUCACCGGAUACAGUUAAUAAAACAUUGUACGGACCACCACCAAAAGAUAAUAAUGCGGGAAAUGAAACUAUGAAACAAAAAUUGGGGAAAACAGUGUCACUGGGAAAUACGAAUGCUUUAAAAUAUAUGUCAUUUGAAGAUACGUUAUUUAACAUAGCAGCACUCUUGUCUAUAAUCAUGGCGGCAGUUGCACUAUUUUU